AUGGCUUCUUUCCUCCCCAAAAACGUGCCUCACCCAUUUGACCCCUUGCGGCCUGAGGAAAUCCAUCUGGCGGCCGAUCUGAUUCGCGCUUCUUUCCGUGAUAUCCCUCUUCGCUUCAAAACAAUCGAGGUUCAAGAGCCGGUCAAGAACGAUGUUAUCCCUCUUAUCGAAGCCGAACGGAGAGGUAGAGCACUCAAUGCUCCCCGGCCAGCGCGUUUGGUAUUCUCGUAUUUUCAUCGACUGGACACCGGAGCUUUUCUGAAAACACUGCUUAACCUGAAUGAUCGCUCUGUUGUGUCACUGAAAGAACUUCCCAAGGAAGUUCAAGGCCCUGUGGAUGUGGACGAACUGAUCGACAUUGAGAAAGUUUGCCUCGAGCAUCACAAGGUCCUCAAGGAAAUUGAGAAGAUGAAGCUGCCUCCGGGAAUGACUGUAUGCACUGACCCUUGGAUCUACGGUACCGAUGAAGACACCGAGUCCCGCCGACUGUUCCAGUGCUACAUGUACAUUGUUCCAGUGGACCACCCACAAUCCAACCAUUACUCUUUUCCAUGUGCUUUCUCCCCUGUUUUUGAUGCAAAGACACAUGAGUUGAUUCGCAUUGACAACCUGCCUAUGGGCUAUGAUCACACAACCAGCGAGACACAGCCUUGGAAACCUGUCCAAGCAGUGGAGUAUGCGCACGAUCUGCUGGAUACUCCUUUGCGAAACGACCUGAGGCCAUAUAUUGUGCAGCAGCCCCAGGGUCCUUCUUUCCAGGUUGACGGACACUUAGUGCAAUGGCAGAAGUGGAGAUUCCGUGUCGGUUUCAAUGUCCGAGAAGGCGUGGUGCUGUACAAUGUGACAUACGACGGACGCAACAUUUUCUACCGACUUUCCCUUUCUGAGAUGACUGUACCUUAUGGUGACCCCCGAAAGCCCUAUCACAGGAAGCAGGCCUUCGAUGUUGGAGAUGUGGGCCUGGGAAUUACCUGCAACCAGCUGAGCCUGGGAUGUGAUUGCCUCGGACACAUCCGGUAUUUCGACGGAUAUCGGACUGACUCCAAAGGAAAUGCGGUUCCUCUCAAAAACGUCAUUUGUCUUCACGAACAGGAUGGAGGCAUUUUGCACAAACAUAGCAAUUACAGAAACAACCAAGCUACUGUGGUUCGCAACCGCCAGCUCGUUGUGCAGAUGAUCUGUACUGUCUCUAAUUACGAGUACAUCUUUGCUUGGAUGCUCGACCAGGCAGGCGGACUUGAGUUUGAGGUUCGUGCUACGGGAAUUCUCUCCACAAUGCCGAUUGACAACUCGGACGGCCUUACGGUCCCUUGGUCCACGAAUGUUGGUCCGGGCGUAUCUGCUCCUAAUCACCAACAUAUAUUCUCUCUCAGAAUCGACCCGGCAAUUGACGGGUUCCAAAACACCGUCUGCUACGAGGACAGUAUUGCACUUCCCAAAGAAUCCGGCGUGGCUGAUCCGUAUGGUGUUGGCUAUAUUGCUUCGACCUCAGUUAUUGAAAAGGCCGGCCAUGCCGAGACGGACGUUUCCAAGUCGCGUGUCUUCAAGAUCCGUAAUGACAAUGUCGUGAAUAGAGUCAGCAAUCGCCCAGUUGCUUACAAAAUUCAGACAGUUGCGAGCCAGUCCAUGAUCAUGUCCCAGAGCUCUUUCAACCGAAAGCGUGCUAAAUUUGCCGAUCACCCAGUCUGGGUUACAAAGUAUCGUGAGGAUGAACUGUUCGCCGCUGGCGAAUUUACCAAUCAGAGCAAGUCAAGUACUGGUGUGGAAGCCUGGGCAGGAAGAGCUGAUCCUGUUCGCGACUCUGACGUCGUCUUCUGGCACACUUUCGCCCUUACUCACAACCCUCGCACCGAGGAUUUCCCUGUCAUGCCUGUCGAGCGGAUCAGUGUGCAUCUCAAGCCAUCUGGUUUCUUCGAAAAGAAUCCUGCUUUGGAUGUCCCGCCUUCUACUCAGGCUUUCAACAAGUCUUGCUUGCAUGAAGGUCAGAACGGGGUCAGUAAGCAUUGUGCCGGUAGACUUUGA